GGUGGACAAAAGCAAACACGGAAUUGCUGUCUCUGCAUUUUCACUACUAAUAAUGUUUGGAGGGUGUGGGUCUGGUUAGUUUUAUGACAAGAAGGAAACGAGUGAUCUGUGUGUGGUUUAUCAGCAUGUCUUCCACAUUAGAUCACACAGUGUGUGUGACAUUGGCUGGUCUUGUAGAAGAGCUCACAACAUCUGGAUCACAGACUCUAGACAAAGAAAAAAUCAAGAAAAUUAAAAAUAUUUGCAGAACAUCAGAUGCCUAUGUGGAGCAUGUUUUUGAUCUGGUAAUGAAACAGUUAGACAAAGAACAUUCAGAAGUCAGAUUAUCCGCAUUCCAGAUUACCAAUGAAUUAUUUAUGAGAUCUCAUAAAUUCCGGGAAUUAUUGGUGGAUGAUUUCCAGACAUUCUUAGAAUUGACAGUGGAAACAGACCAUGAACAGCCACUGCCACCUCCAAAAAUAUCUGCCAAGAUGUUGAGGGAAAAGACGCUAGAAGCAGUGCAGAUAUGGAAUGAGAAAUAUGGCAAGGCUUACAAGAAACUGGCUUUAGGUUACAACUUCCUCAAGCACUGUAAAAAAAUUGACUUUAAUGACAUCCAUGCAAGAACUGUUGUUGAACGACAAAGAGAAGAAGAAAGACAAACAAAACAAAGGACUAUUUUAUUGGAAAAGGCUAAUGCAGCUAUCAAAGAAAUAGAAGAAACAAUGCCAGACAUAGAGCAGUGUUUAACCCAAUCAGAUAACUGUUUUCAGUUGUUACUUCCUCAUCCAGACGAGUAUGAUAUUCUAACUCCUGAUACAGAAAACACUCAGGGAAUUAAUACAGCUAGUAGCAGUCAGCAAACUGGGUCAAAUCUUAUGGUAGAAAAAUGUCAGAAUGAUAAUACAGAUAUAGCACAUCAAAAGAAAGAAACCAGUAAUGUGAAUUGUGAAGUAGUAAAACCAUGUAAUAAGGAUGAUGAUGGUAAUGACAUUCAAAAUUUAGAGAAAGGUAUUGUGGAAUACUCAGGAAAGCUGACAAAUGGAACUGCACAGAUUGAACAGAAAAACAAAUUUAAUACCUCACAUGCUAAGGGUGGUAAUAAUGAUGAUGAAGCUGAGGACAAGGAGGAGCAGGAGGAAAAAGAAGAAGAAGAUGAAGAUGGUGAUGAUGAUGAUGAUGAAGAAGAAGAAGAUUUUGAAGAUGUCUCAAAUACUGAAGCCACCUCAAUGUUACAAGACCAUGGUAUGGUGGCCUGGAAUUACAAUCUCAGCAUUGAAGUCAAUCCAGAUGCUAUUCACAUCAAAGAAGAUGAAGACAACACGGAUAUAUUACAAACAUUAUAUGACAUGCAAAGACUAGCUAUGACUAAAUAUCAUCCACAAAUACAGAAAUGGCUCGAGAUUUUAAGUAAAGCUGGUGUUGCAAUUGACAUGGUGAAGAAACUUAUUGAUAUAAAACAAGCACUGGAGUCUAUUAAAGAGAAAACAAAUGACCUGAGAAUUCAACGAAAACCUAGAGAGAUAAUCAGAGGUGACAGUGACAGUGACAGUGACGAGGAUUUUGAAGACGUGCCUGAAAAAGAAGGAUAUGAACCAAGGAUACCUGAUCAUCUUAGAAAAGAAUAUGGUCUUGAUUGCGAUGACAGCAACAGUCUGUCACAGAAGACAAAAUCACAAGAUGAUGAGUUACAGGACCCUACAUCAAGAGCAGCAUCAGUUGCACACUUCAAGGAAAAACUCAGUGAAUUGCAAGACAAGUUGAAAAACAAAGAAAUUGAUUCAUUUCAUGAAAGAGAUCCUGAACCGUCAACAUCACAAAGUCCAUCUAAAAAGAGAAAAGCUGAACUUCUUUCCAGGGCACCUAAAGUGCCAUAUGGAUUGGAUCUGUAUUACUGGGAUAGACCUGAAGAUAUUGUAGCUCCAAAAAUUGUACGACCUGAGUCUCAACACAGAUUUUGGGUACCAGUAGAAAAUGACGAAAUUGUGUUAGAGGGCAUGAAGGAUAUGGUCACAGAACGUGCCAUUCAGUUUUCAGGUAAAUUUGAACCUGUUAAAUGGAAAUGCAGAGCACCAUUGAUGAAUGGUAAACUAUGUGAGCGUCAAGACAGAUAUAAGUGCCCUUUCCAUGGUAGUAUAAUUCCUAGGGAUACUGAGGGUACACCUGCAAAGCAAGAAGAUAUAGAAAAAGAAGAGAGAAGAAAAGCUCAAGUAGCGUCUACUUCUGAAUGGCGAGAUACUGAGCUUAUGAAAGACAUUGAGACAGCCACUGGAAUAGACUUAGGGUCUGCAAGUACUAGAGGCAAAGGAAAGGGAAAGGGAAAAGGCAAAGGAAAGAAAAAGAAAUAUCCAAAUUUGACAGAUAUCAAAAAACAAUCUAAUACAUCGAGGAGAAGGCUGGAAAAGAAAGUUAUGAACAAAAAUGCCUUGUCCAGGGUGGCUGGUUCUUUGGAUGCUUUUGAUUCAAAGAGAUAUAAAGAAAAAUUUGGCAACAAUUUCAACUAUGCUUAUACAUCGUGAUCUUAAAUUUAUGGUUGAUGUAUUUUCAACUUUUUAACUCAUGCAUAAUACAGCCUCUAUAUAUAUGUAUAGUAUCAACUAGCCACACAAACUUAUAGGGCUGUAGUCGCCGUGCCACACAUGCGCAAGGUAUAGGGGUCUCAUAUAAACAAAGAUGGCGACUUUGACUGUUGCAAAGAUCAACAAGUACAAACUGAGACAUUUCCAGGCUUUAAUUGAGUAUUUUUCAAGUGAUUUGAAGAUAUCAAAAGAGUCAUCGGCAGUAAUUAGUGCAAGUUGUGCCCAAGUCAAACCUCAUACUUGCGAUUUCCAUUAGAAUGAUACAUUCAAUAAUGUCAGUGUUUUGCCUGUACAUAGACCAAUUCAAUCAAGUAACUACUUACUAUUCCUGUCUAGUCUUGUUAGAUAUUUUGAGGAAUAUUUUAGUAACUAUUAUGAUGUGACUAGUUAUGGACCAGGAUAAACAAGAUUUGGUGUAAAUGUAUUUGAUAAAAUACUCUGACAACAAUAUAGUGUGGUGAAUGAAUACUUGGGGAACUGAGAUUAUUACAUGACGAGCUAUGAACAAGAUGGUGGAUUUGAUGAAGUACUCUGACAAAAAUAUCACAUGGCACUGAAACCUAAAAUCGUCUAUGGGAUGAACAAAAUGGUGGAUUUGAUGAAGUACUCUGACAACAAUAUCACAUGGCACUAAAACCUAAAAUCGUCUAUGGGAUGAACAAAAUGGUGGAUUUGAUGAAGUACUCUGACAACAAUAUCACAUGGCACUAAAACCUAAAAUCGUCUAUGGGAUGAACAAAAUGGUGGAUUUGAUGAAGUACACUGACAACAAUAUCACAUGGCACUAAAACCUAAAAUCGUCUAUGGGAUGAACAAAAUGGUGGAUUUGAUGAAGUACUCUGACAACAAUAUCACAAUAUAUCCUGCAAAUAAUCAAGCAAUAAACAAACUUUACUAA